CAACCGCCCCUGAUCCUGGGUGUCUAUACAUAGAAUUGGAUGAUCUACAUCACCCAUCUCAACCGCCCCUGAUCCUUCUCCAUCACUGAUUUCCACAUGGAUUCGCUCAACGAGUUUCUCACAGUCGCAGUUGAGGUUGCUAAGAAAGCUGGAGAGGUUAUUCGAGAAGGAUUUUACAAGACUAAGAAUGUGGAGCAUAAAGGAACGGUGGAUUUGGUUACAGAAACCGACAAAGCUUGUGAAGAUCUUAUAUUCAAUCAUCUAAAACAGCAUUUCCCGGGACACAAGUUCAUUGGAGAAGAAACCACAGCGGCACAUGGUGUAAGUCAGCUGACAGAUGACCCAACUUGGAUCGUUGAUCCACUUGACGGAACAACCAACUUUGUGCAUGGGUUCCCCUUUGUGUGUGUUUCUAUUGGUCUUACCAUUAAAAAGGUCCCAGUAGUUGGGGUCGUUUACAAUCCGAUCAUGAACGAGCUUUUCACCGCCGUUGAUGGAAAAGGUGCUUUCCUUAAUGGAAAUCCUAUCAAAGUAUCUUCUCAUUCUGAACUGGUGACAUGCCUCCUUACCACAGAGGCUGGAACCAAGCGUGACAAGGCCACUCUGGAUGCCACUACAAAUAGAAUCAAUAGUCUACUCUACAAGGUAAGAUCAAUCCGGAUGGAGGGCUCUUGUGCGUUGGGUCUCUGUGGGGUCGCAUGUGGAAGGAUUGACUUAUUUUAUGAGCUCGGAUUCGGUGGUCCUUGGGAUGUUGCAGCAGGGGUCGUGAUUGUUAAAGAAGCUGGUGGAGUCAUUUUUGAUCCAUCGGGCAGUGACUUUGAUAUUACGGCUCAGCGGAUAGCCGCUUCAAACCCACUUGUCAAAGAGGCGUUUGUUGAGGCGUUACAACAGUCAGCGUAGACAACUAUUGUGUUGGCCCGAAAGCUUGACGUCAGCAGUUAAGCUUUCUCGAUACUUCUUAAAUGUAUGAUGUGUUAAAUUGAGUUGUUAUGCAUUAAAAAUGAUAUAUAAAAUUAAUAAUUCUUUGCACCGCGAAGUGCAACAUUUUAUGGACUUAUAUGAACUCAUGAUGCAUUCUUUUCAUUCAAAUAAAUAGUUUUCAUAAA